UAACUGUCCCCAAGUUCCAACUAUAUGGAUGCAAUGGAUGCUCCCCAGGACACACUUGGGUACAUCAAUAACGAUUUUGAGCUGCAUGACUUCAUUGACGAUCCAAACUUCGAUCAGUUUAUCAAUUUGAUUCGAGGGGAGAAUGAAGAUGCCAUAUGCAACUUCGGUUCUGAUUUUAUCAACGAUUGUUUCAUUGAUAAUAAUCAGCUUCUUCCAAAUCAUGAUGGAAUCCCGUUUGGUCCGAGCAAUAAUAGUAAUUUUGUGAAUGUCUAUGAUCCAAUAAGCUUCUCUUGUUUUGAUGGGGUGGUGAAGGGAGAAGGAGAAGAGAAUGAUGGAGGAGAUUCUUCCACUACGACAACCACCACCACCAAUUCUGGGAGUGGGAGUGCUGAUGAUGAUGCCCAACCGAAGGCGAAAAGCGAUAGGUCCAAGACUCUCAUUUGUGAGAGGAGAAGGAGAGGUAGAAUGAAGGAGAAGCUUUAUGCUUUGCGUUCUUUGGUUCCAAACAUAACUAAGAUGGAUAAGGCCUCUAUAAUUGGAGAUGCAGUUUCAUACGUGCAUGACCUUCAAGCACAAGCAAAGAAGCUGAAGGCUGAGGUUGCAGGACUUGAAGCAUCCUUAUUAGUGUCUGAAAAUUACCAAGGAUCAAUUAACAACCGCAUUAAGAAUGUUCAAGUCACCAACAACAACAAUCCAAUCAGCAAGAAAAUCAUGCAGGUGGACAUGUUUCAAGUGGAGGAGAGAGGGUAUUAUGUGAAAAUAGUGUGCAAUAAAGGAGCAGGGGUGGCUGUUUCUCUGUACAGAGCUAUUGAGUCUCUUGCAGGAUUCAAUGUUCGCAAUACAAACUUAGCCACAGUUUGUGACAGUUUUGUGCUUACAUUUACAAUGAAUGUGAAAGGUUCUGAGCCAGAAAUUAACCUUCCUAAUUUGAAGCUGUGGGUGACCGGAGCUCUUCUGAACCAAGGCUUUGAAUUCAUGGCAUCCUUUGAUGUUUGAAUCACCUGCAGCCUGCAUGCAGCAUGCAUGAAGUUUGGUUUGAAGGAUGCAUUCGAGCAAUUAUGAUGAUGAGGCAUGAAAGACAUUAUGUGAUUUUAGUGGUGUAAUAUAAACUUAUUCACAUGUCUUCACUCAAUAGCGUAAAACUUUUAGAAGAGUUGGUUUGUAACAUAGCAUUAGAGUUCUAUGACUAAGUGAUAUCAAGUUCACUUUAUCAUAUUCUAAUAAAAAAGUUAAAUUUUAGGAAA